AUGACACACUCAGGCAUCCUCCUUGCUGUCACUCUGGCCACCCUUCUGACUGCGGGGGCUGGGGCUCCUGUCCCCAGGAAGGACCCCGCCAAGAAGCUUCUCCUCGUGUCAUUCGAUGGCUUCCGCUGGGACUAUGACCAGGAUGUGGACACCCCCAAUCUGGAUGCCAUGGCUCAAGAUGGGGUAAAAGCUCGCUACAUGACACCUGCCUUUGUCACUCUGACCAGCCCCUGCCACUUCACGCUGGUUACUGGCAAAUACGUGGAGAACCAUGGGGUGGUCCACAACAUGUUCUACAAUGUCACCAGCAAGGUAAAGCUGCCCUACUACACCACGCUCGGCAUCCAGGGUUGGUGGGACAACGGCAGUGUGCCCAUCUGGAUUACAGCCCAGAGACAGGGUUUAAAGGCCGGCUCCUUCUUCUACCCCGGCGGCAAUGUUACCUACCAAGGAGAGGCUGUGUCUCUGAGCCGGAAGGAAGGCGCUCUACACAACUACAAAGACGAGGAAGAGUGGAGGACAAAUGUGGACACCGUGAUGAGGUGGCUCACCGAGGAGGACCUGGCGCUGGUCACCCUCUACUUCGGGGAGCCAGACUCCACCGGCCACAGGUACGGCCCUGAGUCCCCAGAGAGGAAGGAGAUGGUGAAGCAGGUGGACCGGACUGUGGGCUACCUCCGCGACAGCAUCGAGCGCCACAACCUCACCGGCAGCCUCAACCUGAUCGUCACAUCCGACCACGGCAUGACCACGGUGCACAAGACGGCCACAGACUUGGUGGAGUUCCACAAGUUCCCCAACUUCACCUUCCAGGACAUCGAGUUCGAGCUCCUGGACUAUGGGCCAAAUGGGAUGCUGAUUCCCAAGGAGGGGCUGCUGGAGAAGGUGUACGGGGUGCUCAAGGAUGCCCACCCCAGGCUGCACGUCUACAAGAAGGAGGAGUUCCCCGAGUCCUUCCACUACGCCAACAACUCCAGGAUCACGCCCCUGCUCAUGUACAGCGACCUGGGCUACGUCAUCCAUGGCAGAUGGAGCGUCCAGUUCAACCGAGGUGAGCAUGGCUUUGACCACAGAGCCAUGGACAUGAAGACCAUCUUCCGGGCCGCGGGCCCCAGCUUCAAGGCAGGCCUGGAGGUGGAGCCCUUCGAGAGCAUCCAUGUGUACGAGCUCCUGUGCCAGCUGCUGGGCAUCGUGCCUGAGGCCAAUGACGGGCACCCCGACACCCUGAAGCCUAUGCUCCGAUCAGGAAGCCUGAGCCAGCCCUCCUGCUGCAGGGCCUCAUCUGAGACCGCACCCUGCAUCCGCCCAGGCCUGGCCACUCCAGUGCUGGCAACAAUCCCCCUGCCUAAAUUCAUGCUCCAGACCAACAGCCCCGCUCACUCAUCAUAGGCCCCUGAUGCAAAAUCCACCCUAGAAAUCAACGCUGUGACCCCAGCCCCCAGGACCCCAGCUGCCAGCUUCCACCUCCAGCUCCAGGCCUGGGCCGCCAGGCAGUCACCCAGCACACAGCAUGGAUGCAUAGCCAGCAAGCUCGGGCACCAACCCACAGACGCAGGACGGGUGCAGUAGCCAUCAUGGGGCCGGAUGAGGGUUCUGUCCACACCCUGCUGUGUUCCUCCCUGUCCCCCACUACCCCCUAUGCGGAAGAAACUGCUAUUGAAUGUCUGGACAAACACAGCGGAACUGAUGGUUUCCUGCUGGGAGAUCCAGCUGGCUGAAAGGCAUGGACA